CUCUCAGUGAGUAGGUCGCGAAUUAUGCUUCAUGUGUAUUGUCCGAUAAUGACCUCCGUCAUCGUGCUAUGCUAGUGAUGACCCUCUUCGUUAUAGAGCCUAUCAAUGUUAUGUCAUGGUAGAAUUUUCCUUUCUCAUAUCGUAUUGCCUGGCUGGUGCAGAUAUCCGAACGGCUACCACAAAAUCCCUCUAGAAUGUCUAUUUGUGUUCUUGUUUUGCAAGUUCCUUCUGGCCGCUGAUGAGCUUUGUAUCUUUUUAAUGGUUUAUUGCAUUUAUAGUCAUAGUCACGCAUUCUCUAUUUUGGUUUGUAGGGAUGCUUGCUCGACACUCUCGGUGACUUCCUUGGCAGAGACUUUGGAAUUGGAGGGUGUUUUCUUCCUUUUAGUCUUUCUUUUCACUGUAUGUCUAGGGACUAAUAGACCUGCUCAUUAGAUGACUAAAAUGACGACUCUUUCAUGACGCAUCAAUUAGUAUUGACUCUCGGGUUUGGUUGCUUGUUGUUCUCUAUCUAUUUGUACCACUAUCUAUGGGGAAAAAACUUGAAUUAAUUGUAUUAAAUGGUCUAUUGUAAAUUUUUGCAAAAAUAUUUGUGUGACCUAAAAAGAAAAAUUCUGAAAAUCUUUGAUCCCAAAUAGUGCCUAGCUAGGUUUGUUUAGCUUAAUUACACGUGAUACACAUUCUCAUUGUUUAGUAUUUUUCUGGGUUGGGUAAUACAUCAGAUAAUGGUCACCCCAUUGCUGCCGCCCGUGUCGCCGGCCGGCAACCGACAAUGCCAGACAUAAAAUCACAAAAAAUUCCCCACAUAUUAUACGUUCAUUGUGCAAUGUGCACGAGAUUAAAUUUAAAUAGCCCCACAUUAUCGUCUCCCGACACAUUCUGUUCCUUCUGUUCGUUCUUCAGCACCUAAUUAACGUUUUCUACUUACACGAUCUCUAUGGCCCGACGCUUUAGUCUGUAUAGUCAAGCCCUCUGAGAAACGACAAAAAAAACCCCGUCGUUUUGAUCGAAUAACAAAUGGGCACCAUGAUAUGCGCCUUAAGCAUAUAUAAGCCAUCACAGAGCAUAAGGCACAUUAAUUCCACAUUCAUACAGAACGUGGAUGGAAGCAGGAUGAAGAUUGCAUCCAUCGGAUUGAUCGUCGCCAUCUUGUGGGUGGCGUUAACGAUCGGCAACGCUGUCGCCGGCGUAGGCGAUUUCCAGUACCUAUGGAACGAAACGACGUUCAACCCGCGUAAGAACCCGGCACUGCGGGACUGUCUGAAUGAUUUCAAAACCUUUCUCGGUGACGGUCGUUACGCGGAUCAGUCCGGCAACCGGGAUCGCGUAAUCGCUUAUGCUUCCGGCGGAAAGGUGGCACUCUACACUUGGGUCCACUGUACCUCUGCCGAUUUCUUCCCUUGCUACCAAUGUCUUCAAGACGUCGCCGUGGUGAUUGAUCAGUGUUGUGUCCGUUCCUUUGGGAUUGAUAUUAGAAACGACGAGUGCGCGAUGAGGUACGAGACUUACCCGUUCUGAAUUCUGAUAAUCGAUGGUUUUGGAGUAUGAUUAGCAAAAACAGGCCUCCAGUCACUUGUGAUCUCGAUGUACUUUGUAUGUUGAUCAUUUUCAUUCCAUCGUGUUUUUUUCCUUCUCUGUUUAACGCCUAAAAAGUAACUUUGGAUAUCAUUGUAAUUCUGGAGUAUUGAUACUCAUUGUAUUUCUAGAGAUAUGUUAUCUUUCUACAUCAUGCAUCAAUAUGAAUUUCUAAUAUGUUAUUAUACCUUAAUGGAUAAAUCCGAGACUCAGAUUCUCUAGACCUGAAACUGAAAAUUAAUUUAACAAAUGAUAAUAAUCAACGAUUCUGAUUCGUCAAUAAGUACAACGAAAUAUAUCCAACAAGCAGAUCUCUCGGAGUAUGGUAUGCUACAAGAAUACUCGAGUGCAUGUAACCUUUCGAGGAAGCUCCAUUCUCACUCUACUGCACGUUUCAGUCAUAUCUAACUUUGCUGCCAAGUAACCUGUUUUCCUUUCUUCUUCUUCUUUCGUAUAAUGAAAACAUUCAAAGGUC